AUGUCUGCUCCACCACCGUCGACGACGACGACAACAGCAGCACCAUCUGCGUUACUCCCCGAAGUUCUCGGGUUUGUGCCACAAUUCUUGCUUGACGAUAUUGUCGAUACCGCGAAUGAUGCUGUGCGACAGGCUGUCGAUGCCAUGGAGGUCUUUCUUCGCCGCUGGGCAUCUGAACGGGAGGACAAGGUCGACCCAGAUUGGGACAGCACCCAGGAGGUGGAACAGGGCCUCGUCGCAUUUCAGACACUUCUGAACUCGCAUGUCGACAUUGCAUUCGACUUUUUCGAGGCUUGGUCGCUGCGCAACAUCUUUAUCGUUCCGCCCGACUUGCCCGCCGUCGUCCCGCACCAGGCGGGCCUCAACCUCGAGCACACAGCCAACGAGGAGAAUGCACUUGUGAACGAGAUACGCGACUUGAGGAGGAAGAUACAAGCGCAACGCAAACUCGAACGCCUCUUCUCGCUCGCCGUGCGCAAGUCGGCUAUCCAGCGUGCCAAGUCCGAGCGCAGGCUCGAAAAGCUCGCGUUCCUGCGCGCGCCGCAGAUGCAAACCCUCACGCAGCUUCCCGAAGAGUUCCUUGCGAUGCACGACGCCGUCGCGUCGCUACCACCACACGACCCGUCCUCGGAGGUCCUCAAAGUGCCGCCGCCCCAGCCUGGCAAGCGGCCCUGGGAGACGAGCAGGACAGGUUAUCUCAACUGGGCGAUCGAACAGCUGCUUGGUAGAGCGAAAGAGCACGAUCGCAGCAGCUCUUCUGCGGGCGCGUCAGCGUUCCGCGUAGGCACGCCUAAGCAUGUCGAGGCUGCCAUCGAGGCAGCAGGGGAAGACUCUAUGGAUCUUGAUUAA